AAUGACUGGAAAAUUUGGUGCGUUGGUUACGCUUAUUUUUUUUAUCAAAUUAUAAACCCUUUAUUAUAUUUUGUGUUACUAUCAACAGAGUGCUUGAGACAAUGGAAGAUUCAGAGGUUCUCCAAGUGGGUAGUCGGUUUCUCAGCUCAUCCUCAAAAAAUGAAGUCGUUAUCAUCUCGGCCACCCGAACCCCAAUGGGCACUUUUCUGGGACCACUUGCACCUUUGUCAGCAACAAAACUGGGAGCUGUUGCUAUCGAAGCAGCGAUCGAAAGAGCUGGCAUACCAAAAGAUGAAGUCAAGGAAGUUUUCAUGGGAAACGUUUGUCAGGGAGGGGUGGGGCAGGCCCCUGCGAGACAAGCGGCGUUGUUCGCCGGGCUUCCAAAGUCUACCAUUUGUACCACAAUCAAUAAAGUCUGCGCGUCAGGGAUGAAGGCCGUUAUGUUUGGAGCCCAAAGUUUGCAGCUAGGCGACCAAGAAGUGGUACUUGCUGGUGGUAUGGAAUCCAUGUCGAAUGUACCUUAUUAUUUGAAAAGAGGCCAGACUCCUUACGGAGGAGUGAACUUAGUAGAUGGAGUUGUCGGCGAUGGCCUGAUAGAUGUUUACAAUAAAUUCCACAUGGGUAACUGCGCAGAGAAUACGGCGAAAAAACUUGGCAUCACUAGACAACAACAAGACGACUUUGCUAUCAGCAGCUACAAACGGAGUGCUGAGGCAUACAAAAACAACGUUUUUGAUGCCGAACUGGUUUCUGUGAGUGUGCCACAAAAGAGGGGACAGCCGGAUUUUGUUCUGUCUGCAGAUGAAGAAUAUAAACGAGUGAAUUUCGACAAGUUUGGGAAACUUGCCACAGUUUUUCAGAAAGAAAAUGGCACCGUCACAGCAGGAAACGCUUCAACUCUCAACGACGGAGCAGCUGCCCUCAUCAUGACCACUCCAGAAACCGCAAAGCGCCUGAACGUAAAACCAUUAGCUAGAGUCGUAGGUUAUCAAGACUGCGCUUGCGAUCCCAUAGAUUUUCCUAUCGCUCCUGCAGUAGCCAUUCCGAAGUUAUUGGAGAAAACUGGAGUGAAAAAAGAAGACGUUGCCAUGUGGGAAAUCAAUGAAGCCUUCAGCGUUGUUGUCGUUGCCAACCAACAGAUUCUAGGAUUGGAUCCUGCGAAGGUGAAUAUUCACGGUGGGGCUGUAAGUCUCGGUCACCCCAUCGGUAUGUCUGGAGCAAGAAUCGUUGUUCAUUUGGUACAUGCUCUGAAGAGCGGAGAGAAGGGAGUGGCGUCCAUUUGUAACGGCGGAGGAGGUGCUUCUUCGAUCAUGAUUGAGAGAUUGUGAGUUUAUGGUUGUAAGGAAGGUAUUGUUACUGUUGUUGCAUUUUAAUUGAUCAUUUGUCUUCCGUAUUUCUGAAAUACGAUCCAUUGCCGCAACUUUUUGUGGUAAUAGUUCGUUUCUUCAAUCUCACUACUUCAAACCGAUAAAUCUGAUUUUAGGUCAUGCUUUUGGUUAGGUUUAUUGAAAAGAAAAGAGUUUCAAACAGUACAACUAUAUUCAUCAUGAUGUAAAUGUCAAUUCAACUAAUUCUGCAGCUUUUCUGUACUUGUAAAUAUUUUAUAAUUUUUUUUUAUUGUGCUUGGUGACAAAGGAGUAAAAUAAAGGGCUGUUUAUUUCAAAAAUAAUUCAA